UUUAGCCAACCGUUUGAAACGUACACAAAAGUCAAGUAUGGCGCAUUGGGGCACAACUUCAGAAUCGGGAAUUUUGCGCAAAAACAAGCCGAAAGAGAACCACGACGACCUUUUAGUGUUCGGUUAUGCUUGUAAGUUGUUUCGGGACGAUGAAAAGGCCUCUUAUAUUGAUAAAGGCCACCAUUUGAUUCCCUGGAUGGGAGAUGAAGCUCUCAAAAUUGAUAGAUAUGACUGUCGGGGUGCGUUGUCGGAUAUAUCACCCUACGAAGCGAGCCGCGAGGGUUUUGACGCUAUGCGAUGGUUGGGUUUGAGCGACUCUGAGCGGAAACUUGAACAGUUGUGUGAUAAAGAAAGGUACUACUCCUUACAUAUCAAUGAAGAAGAGGAACAAAUGUACAAAGAGGAGGAAGAAAAACGACAGAAAGCGAACGAAUUUCAAUAUAGUUACGAUGUUCCACAAAAUCCGGCUCAAGAGAGUGCCCCCACGGUCCCAGAGGCUGAAGAAGAGGACGAGGAGUACGUCCCAUCUCCACAUUUAGACGUACCAGUUGAUAUCGCGAUUCCCAAAACAGUGAAGGAGAAUAUUCGGAUUGAGAAAACGGCGCUUUUUGUGUGCAAACAAGGACCCCAAAUGGAAAUCCUUAUCAAGGCCAAACAAGCCGAUAAUCCUCAAUUUGGAUUUCUCAACCAGGGACACAAUUUGUACAAGUAUUAUCGGCACGUGUUGGCGGCUAUCAAGAGUGGCCGCUAUCAAGUCACUUCCACUACUAAAAAAGAGGAAAAGCGUGAAGAGCCUCCGGAAACAAGUUCAACAACAGACGAUCACUAUCUUCACCCAAGCUUAAUAUCGACAUCCAGCCAACCGGAUGUACAAACUGCAAUACCGACAAUACCGUACAAGCCUUCGGCCAAUUGUUCCUAUUCACAAUUGGUCAACAGAAUCCAGGGAAACACCCAAUCGGAAAGCGCGAAACCGCCCGAAAUGACAUACGACCAACAGCAGUACUAUCAGUAUUACUACGCGGCUCAGUACUACGAAUACUACAAGCAGAUGGCGCAGUACCAGCAAGGCAACGGACAAGCAAACAUUCAGCCCCCGGAGACCCCCUUGGACCCCACUAUGCAAACCUACAUCCAACAGAUGGCGUACGCCCAAUACAUGCAACACCAAUCAUCAAACACGAAUCCUUACGCCCAAAUCGUCUCAAAUGUGAGCAAAGAAAUGUCAAAUCCAUACCCGACGGAACCGGAAGUCGUCGAGGCGCCCAAAAGUACGCUCGGUUUGCUCGCACAGUACGGCUCCGAUUCGGAACCGGAAGAGGACGAGGACGUGGCGAAAACACCAACAGGGGAAGUACAAGUCGUGAUCGACAAAAUGGCGACUUACGUGGCCAAAAAUGGCGUACAGUUUGAGGAGAUUGUCAAGGCGAAGGGGGAUCCCCGAUUCGAGUUUCUUAACGAAAGCCACGAAUUUUACAAGUAUUACAAGAACAAAAUUAAGAGUAUUACGGAGGGUGGUGAUGGGGGCACCCCACCCAAACCAAAAGAAAAAAAAGUUAUAGCACCUGUGUGUUUUUCCAUCAAAAAACCCAAAGACGAUGCUCCGAAAGAAAUAAAAAGUGCGCUUCCGGUUGAAGAAAGCGACGAGGAGGAGAAGCCCCCUGAAAUACCUGAUCCAGUCACCAAAGAGGGAGAAACGUCAAAUGACACGACGGAGUCUAGUCACAAGAACGGUGUCUUUGACGGGGAAGACCCCAUUUUGGAAAUGAUCGAUCUUACUGACGAUAUCGAGGAGCGAAAAGACGCAAAACGAGCCGAGGACAAAAUCAAAGACAAGUUGGCCGCCGCCGCCCGUGAGAAAAUGGUCUCAGUGGCUCGAGACCGUGCCUUGCAACUCGAACGUAAGAAAAAAGCCGCUGCUUUCCUCAAAUUAAAAUCGGCCGAAAGUGAAGACAAAACAAGCAAAAAGGACGUAGUCCAAAUUGACGAUUCAGGCGACGAUGAUGAGCACAGGAAGCGGAGCCCCAAAAAGAAGAAAUCACACAAACGGAAACAUUCAAAGAGCAAACACAAAAAAUCGAAAAAGAGAAAACGAAGAUCAGAAUCGUGCAGUUCGACCAAUUCCUCAUGAUCCUGUAGUACAAACUUGUAAAUAUACGAUUUUUUAGUUUA